AAAUCCCAGGUCCUCCGUCCUUUCGUCCGACAACUCGCCUGAAUGAAAACACAGCAGCAACGCCUCUGUCACUACCAGUGAAGAAGAGUUGUGGCAAUAAAAAUCACCAGUAAGCUUCCUCUGCGGGUUCACCUAUCGAGUGUGAACGGUGUAUAUUUCUCACAGCGCGCUGUCUGCUGGACGUGACUGAGCAGCAUGGACCCGCGAAAAGUGACAGAGUUAAAGGGCUUCGUACAGAUGUGCGAGGCCAGUGCCGAUAUCCUGCACCUUCCAGAGAUGAGCUUCUUCCGGACCUGGUUGCUGGGCAUGGGUGCAACAAUCCCUCCCCAACCCAAGACGGAGAAGCCAUGCCAGGGUGGCUGUCCUUGUGGUCCUCCCCCUACAUCAGCCCCACCUUUUGAGCCAGCGCCUCCUGUCCAGUCUGAGAAUGAUGAGAGUGAUAUAGAAAUGGACAACGAGGGAGUGAUCGAACCAGACACCGAUGAGCCGCAGGAGAUGGGAGAGUUUGACAGCAUCGAGGUCACAGAAGAGAUGAUGGACGAGGCCAGUGAGAAGAAGAUGGCGGCCAUUGAUGCUCUGGGAGAAGGUGAUCUGCAGAAAGCUCUGGAUCUUUUUACUGAAGCCAUCAAGCUGAACCCCUGCGUCGCCAUCAUGUACGCCAAGAGGGCAAGCGUCUUUAUCCAGAUGCAGAAACCCAACGCGGCCAUCAGAGACUGUGACAGAGCCAUGAGCAUCAACCCAGACUCUGCACAGCCUUACAAGUGGAGGGGAAAAGCUCACAGGCUGCUGGGCCACUGGGAGGAGGCAGCCAAGGACCUGGCCAUGGCCUGUAAACUGGACUAUGACGAGGACACCAGUGCGAUGCUGAAGGAGGUCCAGCCGAAGGCCACCAAAAUCAUUGAGCACAGACGCAAAUACCAGCGUAAGAGAGAUGAGAAGGAGGUCAAGGAGAAACAAGAGCGGGUAAAGAAAGCGAGAGAGGAGCAUGCACGGGCUCAGAGGGAGGAGGAAGCACGGCAGUCCGGAGGUGGAGGAGGAGGAGGAGGAAGUGGUGGAGGUCCUGCUGGAUUCCCUGAAGGAGCCCCCGCCGGCAUGCCUGGUCUCGGUGAACUCCUGAAGGAUCCUGAGCUGCUCAACGCCAUGAAGGACCCCGAGGUGAUGACAGCCUUCCAGGAUGUGGCACAGAACCCAGCCAACAUCUCCAAGUACCAGAACAACCCCAAAAUCAUGGCACUAGUCACCAAGCUGAGUUCCAAAUUUGGAGCGCCACCACAGCCUUAGAGGGUGGAUGGAUGGCGAAUCAAUCCGGAGAGCCAACAACUAUUAAUCCACUGUGUGCAGAUCAAACGGGGGAGUGUGUGACUUAGUGUCAGGUAGAGGAAGCGAAGGCUACUUUUUAAUUGUUCUUAAAUCAGCCUGUUGGUUCUUAGCAACGUCCCAACGAGGUUAGGAGUCGGGUGUCUGACAACUUCUCUCGACUCGUCUCAGCUGGGACUUUACUUAAACACAGGCUGACGUUUCCUAACGUGUAUCUGGGGGGAAAAAAGCUAAACUGGGAGCUCCUGCAUUGAGAUGCUCACUCAAAUAUUUUUACAGCCCUUUAUUGCGCGGUAACGGUUUAGCUACCGGUCUUUCCUUUUCUCCGAACAGAGCCGAACUCUCUCAAAUAACCGUCGGGUGUUUUUGUUAUCAGAUCUAUUAUAAAAUGCAAAAAAAGUGUCACUGAUGUCUCCCAAUAAUAAAACCUCUGUUGCUGCAAAACAA